UGCGAGAACGGUUGCCGUACAUGGCCGACGUGUUCCGCAAGCUGCCGCUGCUCUUCCUCGUAGUGAUUCUGCUUGUCGUUGUCAUCUUUGUUCAGUGUGCAUAUUGGGGAGGUUGCCUUCACGUAGUCGCAGGAAACGAGGGGCGAGGAAGAGCGUGGCCAUGGACGAGCGGCAACCGAAUCUUACGACGUUGUUCGACACUUAUCCCAGCCACCGGCCUGCGAUCUCUACUGGUGUAGACAGAAGGGCGGCAGGUCCGUCACUGCACGAAGGACUCCCGCCUCACUUGCAGCCUCUGCCCGAUUCGGACGAGGGGGAGUCGGACGUAGACGUGUCGAGGACAGUUCCGUUGGGUAGCGGGUCGACCCAGGAAUGGACGGGUAGCCAGUUGUAUGAUCGGCGCGGAACGAAGUACAAGCAGUCGUUCACUUCCCUCCUCCACGAAGGUGCCUUGGAGGUCGAAUGCCUCCCCCGUGUGGAUCUCACAUUUGGCCUGCGGAGCGGGAGCCCAUCGUCCGCCACGCGCACUGCGAUCGUCAACCCUCAUCCCGAUGACGACGCGGGGCAGGUGACAUUGGUCGGCAGGGGCACGAGGGGUGGUACUGCGCCUCAGGAGAUGUCGGAGAAGACGAGGGAGUGGCCUACAGCGCAGGUGACUUGUGGCCCGUUAGUUCCACGCAGCACUGGCGGUUGUCCGCAAUGGAUGCACCUCCCCUCUGCGUUGCCCGGGGGCCGCGACGACGUUCGUCGUCCUGUUCAACGGGGUGUCACUUACGAAGACUUCCCUUUCGAGGGUGCGCAUGGAGAUGGCAGGCGGCUAUGGAAGGAGUCGAGGCAGGAGUUACGGCGACAGCAAGAAGAGUCCAUUACGCAAGGUGUGCAGCGAUUACGCGUGGGUGAGCAGCCUCGCAAGCGGACGGGGCUGGCGGGGGAGGUGACACGUGGGCAGACGUUGACGAAGUUGAGUGCGACGCUGAGGACGACGACAGCGGUGACGUGUUCCCGUUGCAUGCGCCGAACAUGGGUGGCAGGGGCGGCAGAGGCAGGGGUCCGACGAGCGCAACGCGGAGGCGGAAGAAGUCGUCGGCAACUUCUGCUGAUGUGGAAGCUGAGGGGGAGGGAGAGGGUGGCAGAAAUUUCUGGAUUCAACUUUAACAUGGAUCGGGCCAUGUAUGACGAGAUCAAAGGGGCGAAGGAGAGGAGCCACACUAUCAGCCCGACCAGUGUUGCAGACACCGGCGGCGCAGGAGGUGUGCAACUCCCAUCUGCACAGUCGGCGACUCUGAAAUCUGUGGGGGACGGGGAUGGCGGUGGAGAUGGCAACAACGAAGACGACAGCUCAGCGUGGGGGGGCUCACAGACGACUGACAGUCCGGCGGCGUUUGGGAAGAGAAAAAAUGUGCGGCAGCAGACAUUCGAGGCCUUGACUGAGUGCAUGGAGAAGCAUGGGGCGUUGAUGGCGUCAACGAUGGAGAGCGCGAGCAAGAGGCAAUGCGAGACGAUGGAGAGCGCGAGCAAGAGGCAAUGCUCCAUUCAACUUCGACAGUGUGAAGCUCUGGAAGCGGAGGUGGAGGUCCAGAAGCAACACUGCACUGUGUCUAAUGAAUCCGUCCGGCCUCCGUCAUCGUCGGUGUUAGUGUUCUCGCCGAUGACGAAUAAUCGCAACUCCGACAAGGGGAAAAGGGGGAGGGAUUGCCAGAAAACGGAAGUUGUUGGCGCCAUGAAAAGGGGAAGGCAUCAGGCGAAGCAGCCCAAGGCAUCACGCGGCGGUGCUCUGGUGAUCGGUAGGUCCGCGCAGGAAGAGUGGGUUACCGCGGCCAGCAGCGGAGAGGACGACGAUUUCGAAACCGAGGAGGAGACGUUUCAUGGGAGGAAAGGGACCUUGCGUGAACAGUCCAACAAGCGAAUGGUGAGUAAAAAGGAAGGCGUCGACACUGGUAAAGAUGGGGUUCGCGGGGUUGCGUGUGGCAGGGAUGACGAGGGAGGCGGCAUGGAAGGCAGACAGGCAAGAAGGGAAGGAGGGACGACGGUGAAUGCGGCGGUGACGGGACAACCGAUGAUGCGAGAUCCCACGAAUGAUGCGCAAGCGGUGGCUUCCGGUGGUGGUUCAUCUACGGGGGGCGGGGGGGAAGGUGGUGGCGACGACCGUGUUAAUGCAGAUGAUGACGAUCCUACCAUUACCAGGCAGAGGCGAUCCGCCGGUAAGGAAGCUCUGGAGGCGAAAACAAGACUGUGGGUGGACGAUCUGCGUUUCUGGAACGAGACGGAGGGGCAUAGGAUGUUCACGAUUAUCCACGAGAUGCGCGUGCACCUCCUCACCAUCGCCACGGGUGUCAGGCUGCCGGAGAUAAGAAAAAGCAUUGUCUUGCCAGACUCCACGUUCCCUCAACAGAAGUUGGAAGACGAGUCGGAGUUGGGGGCCGCCAAGGAGAGGGCUGUGAGGGUGCAGAGCAUCACGUUGCGCAUCAUCAAUGGGUGGAUCUUCAAGUCCCUCUGUCGCGCGCGCGGGUAUCACUGCUCCUACGACUAUGUGCUGAACCACGUGGCCACAGACAUCGCCCGCACCAUCUGGUAUGGAGAGGACAGGCGGGUAUGCGUGAGUCCGACAAUCGUCCAUAACACUUUUGACCUUCAAAUGAAGCUCUCCAUCUGGUACGUAGGUGGCGUGAUACACGAUAGGCACGAGGACGACGAGAUGGCGUUGUAUCAGGAGUCCACAACGCAGCAUCUGGUGGGAGCUUUCACGAAAACGGUCGACAUGGGGGAGGGGGUAGACGGUGGGCGGAUAUCGUACGACAGGUUGAGGAACGUGGCAGACUGCAUGUGCCUUUUGUUGUCUGCCGCCAUAUUGAUCAUGCGGAUGGCGGGAGAUAAUCUUCGCUGGCAUUACGAGGCGUCCUAUCUAGUGGAGCUCAUUGCCAAACCAACGCUCAUUGCGUCGCUACAUCGAUCGUUCGACGCGCGCCGCCAUGUUCUGCAGUGUGUUAAUGCAGUGACGGAGAAAAUGGGGAAGCCCCCCAUGGCGUUGGUCGACCCUCCGGUGUACAUCCCCGAGUGGGUUUCGUGUGGGGUUACGUUCUACAACGACACCACGUUGACGUCUCCUGAACACGCCAGACGACUAGAUUGGUUAGGCACAGGACCUCCUGAUAUCGAUGACGAAGAUGAAGAGAAGGACGGUGGCGGAGAUUCGUGAAUGUAGUCUUCCGGACAUGCGCGGAGAAGCAGAAAUGGUGUUGUAUGGCGGCGCGCUAUGCGGAAGGGCGAGGAGACAUGGCAUGGCCAGUAAAGAGCGACGAUGGAUGACGUGCCGGAUGCGCGAUGAGAAGACGACGUCUCUGGAAGUGGGGGAUGGUGGGCGGCGCACAAACAUGGAAAAGGUAACGGUUGCACCCCACGAAGACGCUUCGUAGGGUGGAAUAGCGGCGAUGACGACUGAUAAGAACAUGGAUGAUGACGGACAUCCAGGCGUCGUCUUUUGUCGUCGAUGUACAUAUUUGCUGCGUCAGGCGCUGGCGGAGCGAAUGAUACAGCAAUGAGUGAUGUCGAUGGCGUGGGGCGGCAGUACAUGUUGCCUGCGUAGGUGGAAGAGCGUUUGACGACGCUAGUAGAAGGAAGCAGUGUGUGAAAAGACGAUGGGGACAGUAAAUGUCUCAUGCCGUC